AAGAACAGACGAGGAGAGAGUCCCACUCUGUAUGAUCCGCGAUCAGCACAACUAAUCAAUAAUCGAUACAUACAUCUGGCAUUUGUUGUUCGUGUUGCUGACGUGUUGUUGGUGUGAUGACGUCAGCACUACAGCUUCCCGCCGAGCUGUGGCUGCACGUGUUCAGCUUCCUGUCCUGGAGAGACAAACUGAGCGUGCGCGGCACCUGUUCACACUUCAAACACCUGCUGGAUAACUCCCGCCCCAUGUGGCGAGGCUUCAGCGUCGUGCUGCAACGCUUCUCUCUGUACAACCAGCCGUUCUGGCGCAGCCUGGCUCAGAGGCACGUCGGCAGUGUGUCGGUACGUUCAGGUAAGAGGAAACACCUGAGGCAACUCUUCACCUGGCUUCCUGCUCUCAACGCGCUGCGAUUGCACUGCUGGAAGGACGAGAGCGUGGAUGAGCUGAAACAGUUCAGCCGGCUGCAGCGUCUGUCCAUCACUAACUGCUGCGCUCCGCUGAAAAACAUCGACUUCCUCUUUCCUCUGAGUCAUCACCUGACGCAGCUAUGUCUCUGUAACGUGCAGCUCACCUGUCUCACCUCUCACCUCUUGGCUGGCGUCGGUCAGCUGACGCGUCUCACCUCCCUGCUGCUGCACCACGAUGGCAGUCUGCACAUCCCGACACUCAGCGGCGUCCUGACUCACCUGACCGAGCUGAAACACCUGUCCUUGACCAUGAUCACCUACAAGACGCUGUCACAUGACUUCUUCAGCCCUGCCCACCUCACAGCAGGUGGCAGCACUUUACAGCUGUCUGACCUGCAGCUGAUGGACUACGAUGCUGUGGUGACACAGGAAGUUCUGCAGCCUUUGUCGCAUCUCCACAGCCUGUCAAUCUUUCACCUGUACUCUGUACCUGGACCCACCUGUCACCUGAAAACAUGGCUGCUGUCACUGUCGCAGCUCCGCAGCCUCAGUGUGCACGGAGGCCACCCCCUGGCGGCGUACGCUGACUUCCUGCCGUCCUCCCUCCUCAGUCUGACUCUCUAUGUGGAUCUGCAGGCUGAAGAUCUGCAGGUGGUCUCACGCAGAGCUCCUCACCUGGAACACCUGCACCUGGAGCCCUGGAGCUCCUCCUCCAACCUGAUUGGACUCCUCCCACAGCUGUUCCCUCACCUGAGAACGCUCCGGAUCAGACAUCAUCACAUGUCAGACGGAGACUUCCUGCACCUGCAGCUGCUGCAGCACCUCCACACCGUGGAGGUCCUCGACUCGUACCACAGACCGGACCCGAGCGACCCGAGCCGGGUCGUCUAUGAACCGAGUCCUCUUCUGCUACGUCUGAUAUCUGACCUGCAGGAACUGACCAACCACAGAGUCCGAGUCAUCACCAGCUCACGUAGAGACCCGCUCAACUGCCACUGUGUCUGACCAAUCAGAGACGGUCUGACCGCACACGGGCACAACAGCUGCUGUGACAUCAGCAGUUUGUUGGUGUGAAAUAAUCAAAUAUUUGAAUCUUACAUUAGCAGAUGAAUGUAGUGCCACCCUGUGGCCUUUUUUGGUAUUGAUAUUUUCUGUGUUUUUCAGUCACGUCUGAUUUUUUUCUUCACGUCUGUUU